AUGAUGACGUCACAAGCCGAUCAAUCUGACCAGAAAACAGGCGAAUCAGAGAAAGCAGAUAAGCCGGCGCCAGCGACGUUCGCGGACAAGCUAGAGGCGUUCAGCCAGGAGAAGUUCGCGUCGUUCCGAGCCGCAGUGAGCAGCCCCAACCUGCUCACGCCGGAGAAGCCAGUCGACACUCCCGAGGAGCAGGAGGCCAAGGUGAAGGCGUUGCGGGAAGCCAUCGGGCCUCUGGCCGGGCGCGCGAAGCUGUUCUGCACGGACGCGUGCCUGCGGCGCUACCUGCGCGCGCGCGGCUGGAAUGUGCCCAAGGCGGAGAAGAUGCUCCGCGACACGCUCCGCUGGCGUCACGUGUACCGACCAGAGGAGAUCACGUGGGAUGACGUGGCGGAAGAGGCGGCGACAGGCAAGGUGUACCGCACGGAAUUCCUGGACAAGCAGGGCCGCGCCGUCAUUGUCAUGUCCGCCGGUCGCCAGAACACGGCGGGGCAUGCGGGGCAGGUGCGGCACCUGGUGUACGCGCUGGAGAACGCCAUCAACCACCUGCCAGCGGGCACGGCGCACAGCCGCAUGGUGUGGUUCAUCGACUUCCGCGGCUGGACGCUGCGCAAGGCGCCGCCCCUCAAGACGUCGCGCGAGGUGCUCUCCAUCCUGCAGAACCACUACCCCGAGCGGCUCGGCCAGGCCGUGGUGUACGACCCGCCGCCCGUCUUCGAGACGUUCUGGAAGAUGAUCCGGCCCUUCGUGGACCCCACCACAUUUAAGAAGAUUCUAUUUGUGUACCCCAGCAAGCCCGCCACCAUCGCCAACCUCGAAGAGAUCUUCGACCUGGACCAUCUCGACCAGGGCUUUGGAGGCCGCUCCACCUGGGCGUUUGAGCUGCCGGCCUACAGCCAAGCCAUGCGCGCCGAUGACGCCAGAGCGCAGGCCUUCUGGGGCAUCCCUGCGUCUGUUAUUGCGAGCCCGAGACGAAGGGACCCGGUGGUGCUGGCAGCAGAUGAUGAUUCUGAUGUGUUGACAGAUGCAGACGCAGCAGCAGGUGCUGAAGCAGGAGAAGGAGCAUUAGAAGGAGAAGGAGAAGGAGAAGCAGGGGAAAGUGAGGGUGGUGCGCGGGCAGCAGCAGAGGGGCAGGCAGAAAUUGGGCAGGUGGGAGCAGAGGCAGGGUUGCUGUCAGAUAGUGCUGGUGCAGCGAGCCUGGGAGGGCAGAAGGCCGGGGCAGUGCUGUCAGAGGCUGAGAACGGGGGCAGGGCGGACGAGGGCUACAGUGUGACUGUAGGGGGGGCGGCUCCAGGUAGCUCAGAUGCUGCUGCCACAGCAGCUGCAGCAGCAGGAGAGAUGCCAGAGCAAGAGAGGGAGGAGCGGAAUGGCAGUGGGGGUGGUGCGGAGGAGCAAGAGCAGGACGGGAGCUUCUGGCUGCCGUUGAACGAGCCGGCAGUGAGGGAGAGUGUGCAUGCACAGAACAUUGCACACGCUCACCACGUGCUCAAGAGCACGUUCAGCAAGAUGAGCAUCGAGUUCAAAAAGCCUGCAUGGAUGCAGUGA